AUGAACUUUACUAUUUCUUCAUACACUAGUCUAGUGAUGGGUACUUUUGGGUACGCUGUCUCACAACAGGUGUUUGCGAAUUCGCAUGUCAAACAACCUGGGGUGAAUGGAUGGAUAUAUGCCCCUUUGUUUUGUCAGUCGGCGUUCAUCCAUUCGGAUAUGAUUCCUGAUAUGGUUAUUAUUCUCUUAGUGGUUUCGUAA